GUGAUCGGGGAGCCAAUUUCGAAUUUCGUCAACACCUCGACUUACCACUAGCACCACGCACUCGAAAUUUCGAUUUGAUCCUCCGGCUCGGCUCGCGGCAUCACAUCAACAAACAACUAUCACCUGCAACGUCUAAUACUGACAAUGUCUUCAGGCCGUCUUCAGGAAUACGAGGUCAUUGGGCGCCACUUGCCCACCGAGGCUAACCCUACCCCCGCCCUCUACCGCAUGACCAUCUUCGCUCCCAACGAGACGGUCGCCAAGUCCCGAUACUGGUACUUCUUGCGCGGUCUCAAGAAGGUCAAGAAGGCCACUGGUGAGAUCGUCAGCGUCAAGACUAUCCACGAGAAGCACCCCCUCAAGGUCAAGAACUUCGGUAUCUGGAUCCGAUAUGACUCUCGUUCCGGCACGCACAACAUGUACAAGGAGUACCGUGAGCUGUCCCGAACAGAUGCUGUCGAGUCUCUCUACUCCGACAUGGCUGCCCGCCACCGUGCUCGUUUCAGGUCCAUCCACAUCCUCCGCGUUGUCGAGAUUGAGAAGACCGAGGACAUCAAGCGACCCUACAUCCGCCAGCUGACCCAGAAGGGACUCAGCUUCCCUCUCCCCCACCGCAUCACCAAGGAGAACACCAAGAAGAUCUUCAGCGCGAAGCGACCUUCCACUUUCGCUUAGAAUGAUUUCGGUUUAGAGGACGGUUGGGCUCUGCGGGUGUUACAACGGAUCAUGGAAAUAUCAACUGACUUUGCUCAAUAAAACGGGCAUUGA